AUGUAUGUGGCUGGAAAACUUCACAACAUAAGACAGGAAAUGAACAGACUGGAUAUAAAUAUACUGGGAAUAAGCGAGACAAGAUGGCCGAAUAGUGGACAAAUAAAGGUUGACGACUCAACACUGUAUUACUCCGGAAACGACAGCGCUAGCCACCCGAACGGCGUUGGAGUUCUUUUGGACGCGAGAACUGGUCCUUCGGUCCUUAACUUUAUUCCUAUGUCCGACAGGGCUAUGAUGAUACAACUUAAAGUCACACCAAAGAAUUUAAAUAUUCUCCAGGUCAGAAAAAAUGAAAUUACCUUUAUAUUAGGAGAUUUUAACGCCAAAGUUGGCAAAGGGAAAAGCGAGGAUGUCGUUGGCGACUAUGGAACAGGCGAAAGAAAGGAAAGAGGCGACACCUUAAUCCAAUUCUGUCAGGAAGAGAACUUCUUUAUCUGCAAUACGUGGUUUAAACUACCUGCAAGGCGGCUCUAUACGUGGAAAUCGCCACAAGAUUCAAAGCAAAACCCAAUACGUAACCAAAUUGAUUAUAUAUUAGCUCCAAAACGAUACAGAAAUGGAGUACUUAGUGCAAAGACUUACCCAGGAGCGGAUGUUGGGUCAGAUCAUAAUCCCGUUGUGGCACGAAUCCGAAUGAGGCUCAAAAAAAUUGUUCGGAAGUUCACUAAAAAACCCAACAUGAGUUUACUGAGAAGUGAGGCACAACGACAAGACGUGUCCAACAAACUCAACGAGCAACUAGGAAAGAUCCAACAGCCAAAUGCCUCUCAAACCCCUGGACUGGAAGACCACAAUAACAUAGAGAACAUCUGGAAGAAAAUUAAAGAAGCGCUGCAGGAAACAAGAACAACUAACAACAAAUAA